AUGACUUGUUCAAGUGAAAACUUAGCAAAAGCGGUUGGAGGAAAAACCGCUAGAGCUUGUGAUAGUUGCAUCACAAAGAGAGCACGUUGGUAUUGUGCUGCAGAUGAUGCUUUUCUCUGUCAAGGUUGUGAUUCUUCAGUUCAUUCUGCUAAUUCUUUGGCUAGGAGACAUGAAAGAGUUCGUUUGAAAACGGCGUCGUAUAAGCCCGUUGGUGAUAUCAAUUCUGGUCCGUUUUCUGGUUUUACUAAGAAAGCUAGAACACCGAGACAAGGGAAACAGAAGAGUAAUGGUAAUGGUAAUGUUAAUGUUAAUGUUAGUGUUAAUGUUAAUAAUCCGUUUCAUCUUGUGCCGGAAUUGGGAUUGGAUGAGGUUCAAUCGGGUUCGAAUGAAGAAAAUGAGGAGCAGUUGCUUUAUAGGGUACCGAUUUUUGAUCCUUUUGUUGCUGAAUUAUGUACUAGUUCUCCUUCGGUUGGUUCAACUGAAGGAGGACUAGAAAUGGUAAGUGGUGUUUCUGCUUUCGCUUCUGAUAGGAGCGAAAGCAGAAUCCGUUUGAGUGGUGGUGAGAGUAAUAUUGAGAUGGAAGGCUUUCGCGGGCUUCUUCCAUCUGAUAUUGAAUUAGCUGAAUUCGCAGCUGAUGUCGAGAGUUUAUUGGGUAAGGGAUUAGAAAACGAGUGUAUGGGAAUGGAAGAGCUGGGAUUGAUCGAUGCGAAACAAGAGGAUGAGGAAUGGGAGUGUAGUGGGAAGGUGAAGGAAGAAGGUGAAGAGGUUCAUGAAGUUGUUGAGGGAGAUGAUAAUAUAAAGGAUAUGGGGAAAGAAUCUUCAUUUGAGUUGAAUUUUGAUUAUGAAACAUGUGAAGAGGUGAAGGAGAAGGUUGAUUUGGAAAUAGAACAAAAUGAAAAUAAUAAUAAGGUGAAAAAGAAAAUAUCUUUGCAAUUAGAUUAUGAUGCAGUAAUCAUUGCAUGGGAUAGCCAAAAAUGUCCAUGGACUAAUGGUGACAAGCCAAAUUUGGAUAUUGAUGAGACCUUGACAGAUUUCAUGGGGAUUUGUGGAACGACGGAGGUUCAAUAUCCUUACAGUGAAUUUGGCGGAUAUGGAUGUAAUCAAGCGAUGGUAGAUGGAGGUAGAGAGGCAAGGGUUUCAAGAUACAGAGAGAAGAGAAGAACAAGGUUGUUUUCGAAGAAAAUAAGGUACGAGGUUAGGAAGUUGAAUGCAGAAAAGAGACCAAGAAUGAAAGGGAGGUUUGUGAAGAGGACUUCUUUUGCAGUUCCAACAUUUCCUUUGCUAAAAUAA